GGGUGUUGCCUCGCAGCCUUUGGAUGAGGGACAUAUUUCACCAGAUCUGCCGACGUCGUCGUCUACUCCCACUGAGCGCCCUACUGCGGCACACCAUGCCACUCCCUCACCAUCCUCGACCACGAGGGGGGAUGCGGGUGUUCCACUUGUGUCUGCAUCCCCUCCCGUACCAUGAGCCUCAGGGACGCCUGGCAGUGUGUCUCAUUCUCCUCUUACCUCAAGGGGAGGAGGAUCAGGCACGAUUGACUCGGAGUGACAUUGUAGUCAUACUUAUGGCACCUAGAGGUGCGAAAAUGGAGCAGGGAUUCAGUCAUGAGGAGGAUGGUGUUGAUCACGACGCUGCAGGUUUGGAGGCAGCCGAUGCAGACACAGCAUUGCCACAUAUGAUGCCUAUUUACGUUCAGCCCGUCGAGGAUGAGGUCCCCGUAGUAGAUAUGAGACGAUGCGACGAGGAGGCGGCGGGAGGGCAGGGAGCGCCAGGCGAGUCGCGGAGGGAUCGUCACACGGUAGGCUCGAUAGUCGACAUGCAGGGGGUAGCGGCAUAUUUGGCGGACAGGGCGGGUGUGGAGGAUCCGCUGAACGGCACCCCUAUUGAUCGUGACGAACGUAGUGGUGUCCGAGAUGCAUCGCCCACAACUUAUGCCCCUGCCAGCCGUAGAUUUUCUGGAUCUCCCCUGAGCGUGGAGCGUAAGGAGGCGGAGUCAGAGAGGAUUAGAGCAGAGCGAUGGGCAACUUACACUCAUAUGCGUCCACCAACGUUGGAGACGUCCCGCGCACAGAGCGUUGUGCAACAUCCGACACCAAGGAGUGUUGUUGGGAAAGGUCACAUGUCUGGGUUGUUGUCACCUUCACAGCAGGAUGUUCGGUCGUCUGACCACCGUCCUUGGUCGACUGUGUGCACAGUGGAUGAGAGGAUUAGGAGAGAGGUUGUUGCAGCGGAGGCACAGCGCAUAGAGGGGAGACAGAGGGCAAAUCGAGUGGCACAGGAGAUAGGACGGGCAGAGAGAGAGGCACGAGAGGGAGGACGGGCCGAGGGUGACAGUGGGGCCCGACCCGAUAUCGGGACCUAGUAUCGUAUUUUGGGAGGUCCCCUUCCUGGGAGGGGGCGAGGAUUGCACAAGCCAGCUGCCCCAGAGCCG